UGACCGGUGUCCUCAGGCGCUUCCGGCCGGGCCCACAGCCCGGCGCUGCGGGGAAGGAAGCCCGGCUCAGCCGGACGCGCGUCGUUAUGUGGCGUUCGCUGGCUCGCGCCCGCGCGCCGCUCCUCCGGGUGCCCUGGUCAGAUUCUUGGACAGCCGCUCCCGCCAGUGCGGGCCUCAAGACGCUGCUUCCAGUGCCAACUUUUGAAGAUGUUUCUAUUCCUGAUAAACCCAAGCUUAAAUUUGUUGAAAGGGCACCCCUUGUCCCAAAAGUAAGAAGAGAACCUAAAAACCUGAAAGACAUUCGGGGCCCUUCCACUGAAGCUACUGAGUUCACAGAAGGCAAUUUUGCAAUUUUGGCACUGGGAGGUGGUUACCUCCAUUGGGGCCAUUUUGAAAUGAUGCGCCUGACAAUCAACCGCUCUAUGGACCCAAAGAACAUGUUUGCUCUCUGGCGAGUCCCAGCCCCUUUCAAGCCCAUCACCCGCAAAGGUGUCGGGCAGCGCAUGGGGGGAGGCAAAGGCGCCAUUGAUCACUAUGUGACCCCCGUGAAGGCUGGCCGCCUCAUAGUAGAGAUGGGGGGGCGCUGUGAAUUCAAAGAGGUGCAGGGUUUCCUGGAGCAGGUUGCCCACAAGUUGCCUUUCCCAGCGAAGGCUGUGAGUCGCGAGACUCUGGAGAAGAUGCGGGAACUUCAAGAGGAAAAAGAACGAAACAACCAAAACCCCUGGACCUUUGAGCGUAUAGUCACCGCCAACAUGCUGGGCAUCCGGAAGGUGUUAAGUCCGUAUGACUUGACCCAGAAGGGGCGAUACUGGGGCAAGUUCUACUUGCCGGAACGCAUAUAGCGACAGCACCGGAAUACAGUGCUAGCUACUGAGAGAAGGAAUCAGCAUUCUUAUUCUCCGCCAGCCCUCAUCAUCUUUGGGUGACACUAACAUGGUUCUCUUUGCAGGGGAGAAGGGGGUAUUCAGGCUUUGAACUCAGAGCCUUUUGCUUCCUAUCGCUGAGCCAUGCCUCAGGGUCUAACCACUCACUAAUUGCUGUUGAGCCCUUCAGAAAUGAAGCAUGAUUGGUGAGAGCUCUUGAUUCUUCUGGAUUAUAAAAUAAAUGUCUUCAGAGCUGAAACAGAUGUUUGCGUUUUGUACCUCCAGUGCACCUCUGACAAUGCACCUCUGACUGUUGUUUAUGUGUGCACUUUCAGGAGCUAGCUUCUAGGAUAUUGUACUAGUUAUAAACACAUCUUGGUGAAUAACA